UUUCAAAAUUUGAAAUACAGCACGGCAAGGAGCGAUGCCUGUGUACCGUUGGAAAGACACAGACUCAGGCUGAUUCAUUCCUCUAUAGAGCUCAGCUGAAAAGAGAUAAGAGUCACACAGAAAAGGAAAACAAAGACGAAGAACUGAACAAUAUGAGACGCCAUGGCUGGCAACGUCCUCUUCACACGUUGCAGUUUUAAGCUGGUGUUCAAAUGCAGAUAGUGGGAAUUUCAGUCUUCUGUUUCCUCUUAGUGACUUUUUACUGCUUCCUGGGUCUUCUCCUCGGUAGUAGGAUUGCUGAAAUCACUGUCACCUCUCUUUUCACCUUCGUGGCACUUUCUGCUGCAUUUCUGUUUAUAAGGUGUGCGGCCAUUGAUCCAACUGACAGGACGAGGUUCAGAGUGAAGAAAAAAAGCAAUCGCACUGGGUUUUCGAACGUUAAUUAUGGAUUUGUGUUGGGUCAAAUUAUUGUGAGAUUUAUAAGGAGAAUAGAGAGGAGAGUCCUUAAGACCUUCAUAAGGAGAAAGUACUUGGAUCCUUUGAAGAGUAAUCUUCAUUUGGAGCCUUUGCUCAUAUUUCCCCUUCUCGUCAAAGAUGAUUUGGUCGCGCCACAGACAAGGGAGGAUGACAUUUCGUUUUGUUCGCUUUGUGAUUUUGAGGUUAAAAAGCAUAGCAAACACUGUCGGACCUGCAACCGAUGUGUGGAGGGAUUUGAUCACCACUGCAGAUGGUUAAACAAUUGUGUCGGGAAGAAGAACUAUACCACCUUCAUUUUUCUAAUGAUAUCCCUCUUGAUAAUGCUGCUUAUUGAAGGAGGGACUGCUGUUGCCAUAUUUGUAAGGUGCUUUGCCAACAAAAGGAGCAUAGAGCAAGAGAUUCAUAUAAGAUUCAAUGCCAAGUUCCCUAAAGGAGUUCUUGCAACAUUUUGUGUGAUUUUGUUUCUAAUGACAUCAUAUUGUUCGGCAGCACUGGGGCAGCUUUUCUUCUUUCAUAUAGUUCUCAUCCGAAAGGGAAUGAGAACUUAUGAUUACAUUUUAGCAAUGAGAGAGGAGAACCAGUCUAUGGAGCUUUUAGAGUCAUCAGAAGAUUCAGAUUCCUCCUCGGAUGAGAGUAUCGACUUUGAUUCACCUGAGAAGCCAUCACUUAUUUCACGACUUAGAUGCAGAGAAAAAAGAAUGAAUCAGAUCCCGCAGACAGUAUCAAUAAAAAUUGAUGGAGAAACUGAAUCGUCCACAUUGAAAGAAAAGCGAGGUUUUCGAGCUAACAUUGACCCCUGGAAACUUAUAAGUAUGAGUAGAGAGAAAGCUCUACAAGCAGCUGAAAAGGCAAAGGAACGGCUCAUCAAGCAGAAGGAAAUAGUAGACCCAAUGAAGCCACUACCACUAGAAACAAGAAGUGGACCACUGAUGAAUUUGGAUACUAAUAGAGUUCCCUUAGCUGUGGCGAACAGUAGGGAACUUGGUUUGACAAAAGAAGUGAUCAUCACAAAAGGGAGGCUAACCCGUAGUGGGCGAUCGCCAUUGCAGCUCUCUAGUCCAAGGCGGCGGUGUUCCUAUUCUCCAACAGUUGGUAUCCCUACACCUCGUAGUGGUAAUGCUACUGUAGCAUCCCCAUCACCGAAACAUAGAUAUAAAGGCAAUUUCGAUUUGAAAUUAACGCAAGUCUCCAGGGAACUUGAGACUUACAUUUCGAGGCAGGUAUUAUUUUCUGCCUUGAAGAAAGAAAAUGAGAUUGCAGCAUCGCCAAGAUAGUAUGGGGAUGGGUACAUUUUUCUUCUUUUAGUUCACUUGUAAUAGUAUUUAUGUUACUGGAAUUGUUGCACAGGUUGACUCCAUCAUCAUAACGAAGAACAACAUUUGUAUGAUAAUGUAACCUGCAAUACCAUAUUUAUUGAUAUUCCCCAACAAAGCGGGAUUCAAAGAUACAUACUCUGCUCUCUUUUUUUGAGGAAUAUUUGUUGACCUUCAAGAGAGUAAUGUGGUUA